UCCACUGAAUCUUGAUCGGUUAGUUGGUUGACAAUGACUACCGUUAGGCUAGAGCCUCGUUUCCAUCAGUGUCUCAGGGACAACCUGAGAUUUCGUUCUGAAUCAAAGAAAACUAAGCUAUCCUAUUUCAAUUACUCUCCUCUCAAGCUAGUCUUCAAUGGCGGGAGUUUCUGCAACUUCAAGUCACUCUCCGUUCCUGCUAUUAGAGCUAGUUCUACUGUUACAACUACCACGGAAACUUCUGAUGUGUCCGAGGUCACGUUUCAGGAGACUUUCACGUUGAAACGAACUCAAACGGUGGAAGGAAAAAUUUCUGUGAGGUUGGAGCAGGGGGAGGAUGAAGAGAAUUGGCGGCUUACGGUAGGAUGCGAUCUUCCAGGGAAAUGGGUUUUGCAUUGGGGUAUAAAUUAUAUUGAUGAAGUCAGCAGCAGUGAAUGGGAUCAACCCCCACCUGAAAUGAGACCCCCUGGCUCUGUUCCCAUUAAGGACUACGCAAUAGAGACUCCUUUGAAGAACUUGCCAUCAACUUCAGAGGGGAAGACAUUCCAUGAAGUGCAGAUCAAUUUUAACACCAACAGUUCAAUUGCAGCUAUAAAUUUUGUCCUAAAGGACGAGGAAACUGGAGCUUGGUGUCAGCACAGAGGGAGAGAUUUCAAAGUGCCCCUCAUGGACUACCUUCAUGAAGAUUGCAAUAUUAUAGGCACCAAAAAAAGCUUUGGUUUCUGGCCAGGAGCUCUUGGCAAAUUAUCGACGAUGCAUCUCGAACCAGAAAGAUCUCAAACUAAGGAUCAAGAUGACAUCAGUGAACAAAUGGAUCCCAAGCAGCAAAAUAGGAGUCUUGAAGGAUUCUAUGAAGAACAUUCUAUUGUAAAAGGAACUCCAGUUGAAAACUUUAUGACUGUUUCUGUUACAAAAAGCCCUGAGAAAGAUAAAAAUAUUGUUCGGUUAGAAACUGAUCUACCUGGAGAUACUGUUGUUCACUGGGGAGUAUGCAGAGAUAAUGAUAAAAAGUGGGAAAUUCCAGCAGGCCCUCAUCCACCGGAAACCAAAAUCCAUAAGAAAAUGGCUUUGCAGACUUUAUUACAGCCUAAAGAGGAUGGUCAUGGAAGUUGGGGAUUAUUCUAUUUAGAUAAGGAGCUUAUGGGAUUUCUUUUUGUGCUUAAUCUAAAUGAAAAGACAUGGCUGAACUAUAUGGGUAGUGACUUCUAUAUUCCGCUUUCAAAUUCUGGUAGCCUUGCAAAGACUUCCAUUCAUGAUGGCCCUGGAUCAAGUUCUGUUGGUGUAUCUGGGGAGACAACAGAGGCAAGUAAGACAGUUUCUCAAGCCGCUUACACUCAUGGAAUUAUCAGUGAAAUAAGGAAUUUGGUAAGUGACAUACACUCUGAAAGGAGUAGUAGCAAAACAAAAUCCAAAGAAUGGCAGGAAAACAUCCUUCAAGAAAUUGAGAAGUUGGCUGCAGAAGCCUAUAGCAUCUUUAGAGACUCCAGUCCCACAUUUGUGGAGGAGUCUACUCCAGAAACUGAGACACUUAAACCCCCAGCAAAAGUAUGCUCAGGGACAGGUACAGGAUAUGAAAUACUUUGCCAGGGAUUUAACUGGGAAUCUCAUAAAUCUGGUAGAUGGUACUUGGACUUCAAAGAGAAAGUCAAUGAAUUAGCUUCGCUUGGUUUCACAGUAAUAUGGUUACCACCGCCCACAGAAUCUGUGUCACCUGAGGGCUACAUGCCAAAGGAUCUGUAUAACUUAAAUUCCAGAUAUGGAAGUAUGGAAGAACUAAAGAUCCUUGUGAACAGUUUCCACCAAGUUGGCAUUAAAGUUCUGGGAGAUGUUGUCUUAAAUCACCGGUGUGCCCACUAUCAGAACAAAAAUGGUGUUUGGAAUAUUUUUGGUGGCAAGUUGAAUUGGGAUGACCGUGCAGUCGUUGCAGAUGAUCCACAUUUCCAGGGCGGGGGCAAUAAAAGUAGUGGGGAUAGCUUUCAUGCUGCUCCAAACAUUGAUCAUUCACAAGAUUUUGUAAGGAAUGAUCUAAAAGAGUGGCUCUUCUGGCUGAGGAAAGAAAUUGGGUAUGACGGGUGGAGGCUUGAUUUUGUUCGAGGAUUCUGGGGUGGUUAUGUAAAGGAUUACAUGCAAGCGAGUGAGCCCUACUUUGCAGUAGGUGAAUACUGGGAUUCUCUCAGUUACACUUAUGGUGAAUUGGAUCACAAUCAAGAUGCACAUCGACAGAGGAUUGUUGACUGGAUUAAUGCUACUAAUGGGACAGCUGGGGCAUUUGAUGUUACUACAAAAGGCAUUCUUCAUGAUGCUCUAGGGAGAUGUCAAUAUUGGCGAUUAUCAGAUCAGAAGGGAAAACCUCCUGGUGUUGUUGGGUGGUGGCCAUCACGUGCUGUUACCUUUAUAGAGAACCAUGAUACAGGCUCAACUCAGGGUCAUUGGAGAUUCCCUGGUGGGAAGGAAAUGCAAGGAUAUGCCUACAUCCUGACACACCCUGGAACACCAGCUAUCUUUUAUGAUCACCUUUUCUCUCAUUACCGGUCUGAAAUUUCAGCGCUUUUAUCUUUUCGACAUCGAUUGAAGAUUCAUUGUCGCAGUACAGUUCAGAUAGCGAAGGCAGAACAUGAUGUGUAUGCUGCCAUCAUUAAUGAGAAAUUAGCAAUGAAGAUUGGACCUGGGCAUUAUGAGCCACCUAGUGGUCCGCAGAAAUGGGCUUUGGCUCUUCAGGGGAAUGAUUAUAAGGUUUGGGAAGCAUCAUGAAGAUAAAAAAUGGCACUGACUGGAUCUCAGCAACAUGACAAGAAGGGUUGCAUGUAAAAAAGCUGAUGAGUGUAAUAUGUUUCCUAGAAAUGUAAAGUAAGGUGAAAACUUUGCAUUUGUGGAAGCAUUUUUUAAAUAAAGGAUGCAUAAACGUAUUAUUAUU